AUCGAGCAUUUUUAACAGACUCUCUCUCGAGCUCUCUCUCUAAUAGACACCGAGCGUGUGAAUUACUUUAAAUAGUCCGGAGGAAGCCGCGCGAGCGCCAAUGUGUUGUAAUGUACGCCGCACCCGCACACUGACAGAGCUGCGCGAGCUCGAAUACCCUCCAACUAACCAGCCGACCAACCAGCUAUACCCACUCUGGAUACCAGGACCGAGAAAACACACACUUGCACACAUUUCUCCCAACCACUGCCUAAUAUUUGGUAGGGUCGUUUUUCUUCAAAAACAACCGAAUCUUUACAAGAUCUUUGUCUGGAUGCCUUUAGGACAUUGUUUGUAAUGGCUACAUUGUCUUCUCUCUGAUGGCACUAUGUUUGGGUGCUGAGAUGUGCAGGAGUACUCUGAUCUGAAUAACUGGACUAACAUUUCAGUACAACACUGGAACAAGAUGUUGCAAUCUAUUGCUGUUUGAAGGACAUCUCUUCAUUGUACAAGAAUACAGAAAGCUCUUGUCUAAGAGCGUUGGUUCUCUCGGUUGGCACGAGCGCCAGGAUUGGUUGGUGAACGGGGCUCCAUAGAGCAGUGGGAUGGCAGUUUGACUGACCAACACGAAUGACAGGCAUUCGUGCAUGGGUGGGGCCAGCCUCAGUCUCACAUGAUUGGUGCUGGAUGGAAUUAAGGUGAAUGGAACACAUGCCCAAGGAGCAGGACUCUAACCAAUCAGAGAAAGAAGAGAAACGGUGGCUCGAUGGCCCGAAAAGGAAGAGGAAGAAUAGUCAGUGUUCGGUGAAGAGCAUGUCGGGGUACAUCCCCAGUUAUCUAGAGAAGGAUGAGCCGUGUGUGGUGUGUGGAGACAAAGCCACUGGCUACCACUAUCGCUGCAUCACCUGCGAGGGCUGCAAGGGUUUCUUUCGACGCACCAUCCAGAAGAACCUGCACCCCUCAUAUUCCUGCAAAUAUGAUGGCUGCUGCAUUAUCGAUAAGAUCACUCGUAACCAGUGCCAGCUCUGUCGCUUUAAGAAGUGCAUCGCCGUGGGCAUGGCCAUGGACUUGGUUCUGGACGAGUCGAAAAGGGUGGCUAAGCGGCGUCUCAUUGAGGAGAACAGGGAAAAAAGGAAGAAGGAUGAGGUAGUCAAGACUUUGCAAAACAGGCCUGAACCCACAAGUUCUGAGUGGGAGCUGAUACGCGUGGUCACUGAAGCUCACCGCCACACCAACGCCCAGGGCUCACACUGGAAACAGAAACGCAAGUUCUUGCCUGAAGACAUAGGCCAGUCCCCAGUAGCCCCUACGUCAGAUGGGGACAAGGUGGACCUGGAGGCCUUCAGCGAGUUCACAAAGAUCAUCACCCCAGCCAUCACACGCGUUGUCGACUUUGCCAAAAAACUGCCCAUGUUUUCAGAGCUGCCUUGUGAAGAUCAGAUCAUCCUGCUGAAGGGUUGCUGUAUGGAGAUCAUGUCUCUGCGGGCAGCGGUGAGGUACGACCCAGAGAGCGAGACCCUGACGCUUAGUGGGGAGAUGGCGGUGAAGAGAGAGCAGCUAAAGAACGGAGGCCUGGGUGUGGUCUCUGAUGCCAUCUUUGACCUAGGCAAGAGCCUGGCACAGUUCAACCUGGACGACACAGAGGUGGCACUGCUGCAGGCUGUGCUGCUGAUGAGCUCAGACCGCUCAGGGCUGACGUGUGUGGAGAAGAUCGAGAAGUGCCAGGAGACGUACCUGCUGGCGUUUGAGCACUACAUCAACUAUCGCAAGCACAACAUUCCCCACUUCUGGCCCAAACUGCUGAUGAAGGUGACGGACCUGCGCAUGAUCGGCGCCUGCCACGCCAGCCGUUUUCUGCACAUGAAGGUGGAGUGUCCUAACGAGCUGUUUCCUCCGCUCUUCCUUGAAGUCUUCGAGGAUCAAGAGGUCUGAGAGUCACAAAGGAGCAGUGGUUUUAAAAAAUGUACAUGCCAUACAACCCUCGUCCUAACACAUUGUACACAUGCUCACCUUCUCCGCCACCUUUUGACGCGUCAAACGCACCAGCAGCACUGAAGGUUGAGGCAGUGGUCAGGAACU